CCGGGCGCUCCCGGCGCCCUCUCGGUGAGCCGCCCUGAAACCGCCAGGGGGCGCUCCCCGGCUGCCGGGGCUGAGGCGGGCGGAGCUGCUUUAAAUCGCGGCGCCCAGCGGUUCGGCGUCUCAGUUCCUGAGCCUGGGAGCAACCGCAGCUUCUAGUAUCCAGACUCCAGCGCCGCCCCGGGCCCGGACCCCAACCCCGACCCAGAGCUUCUCCAGCGGCGGCGCAGCGAGCAGGGCUCCCCGCCUUAACUUCCUCCGCGGGGCCCAGCCACCUUCGAGAGUCCGGGUUGCGCACCUGCAAACUCUACGCCUUCUGCACCUGCCACCUCCGAGCCAGCGCGGGCGCCCGAGCGAGUCAUGGCCAAUGCGGGGCUGCAGCUGUUGGGCUUCAUUCUCGCCUUCCUGGGAUGGAUCGGCGCCAUCGUCAGCACUGCCCUGCCCCAGUGGAGGAUUUACUCCUAUGCCGGCGACAACAUCGUGACCGCCCAGGCCAUGUACGAGGGGCUGUGGAUGUCCUGCGUGUCGCAGAGCACCGGGCAGAUCCAGUGCAAAGUCUUUGACUCCUUGCUGAAUCUGAGCAGCACAUUGCAAGCAACCCGUGCCUUGAUGGUGGUUGGCAUCCUCCUGGGAGUGAUAGCAAUCUUUGUGGCCACCGUUGGCAUGAAGUGUAUGAAGUGCUUGGAAGACGAUGAGGUGCAGAAGAUGAGGAUGGCUGUCAUUGGGGGCGUGAUAUUUCUUCUUGCAGGUCUGGCUAUUUUAGUUGCCACAGCAUGGUAUGGCAAUAGAAUCGUUCAAGAAUUCUAUGACCCCAUGACACCAGUCAAUGCCAGGUACGAAUUUGGUCAGGCUCUCUUCACUGGCUGGGCUGCUGCUUCUCUCUGCCUUCUGGGAGGUGGCCUACUUUGCUGUUCCUGUCCCCGAAAAACAACCUCUUACCCAACACCAAGGCCCUAUCCAAAACCUGCACCUUCCAGUGGGAAAGACUACGUGUGACACAGAGGCAAAAGGAGAAAAUCAUGUUGGAACAAACCGAAAAUGGACACUGAGAUACUAUCAUUAAUGUUAGGACCUUAGACUUUUGAGUAUUGUAAUCUGAAGUAUGGUAUUACAAAACAAACAAACAAACAAAAAACCCAUGUGUUAAAAAUACUCAGUGCUAGACAUGGCUUAGUCUUAUUUUAUCUUCUUUCCUCAAUACAGGAGGGAAGAUUUUCCCAUUUGUAUUACUGCUUCCCAUUGAGUAAUCAUACUCAAAUGGGGGAAGGGGUGCUCCUUAAAUAUAUAUAGAUAUGUAUAUAUACAUGUUUUUCUAUUAAAAAUAGACAGUAAAAUACUCUUCUCAUUAUGUUGAUACUAGCAUACUUAAAAUCUCUAAAAUAGGUAAAUGUAUUUAAUGCCAUAUUGAUGAAAAUGUUUAUUGGUAUAUUUUCUUUUUUGUCUAUAUAUACAUAUAUAAUAGUCAAAUAUCAUUUACUCUUCUUCAUUAGCUUUUAGUGCCUUUGCCGCAAGACCUAGCCUAAUUUACCAAGAAUGAAUUCUUUCAAUUCUUCAUGUGUGCCCUUUUACAUAUAUACUUAUUUUAUUUUUUACCAUGAUCUUACAGCACUUGCAUCGUUAUUAAGCCCUUAUUUGUUUUGUGUUUCACUGGUCUCUAUCUCCUGAAUCUAACACAUUUCAUAGCCUACAUUUUAGUUUCUAAAGCCAAUAAGAAUUUGUUGCAAAUCAGAACUUUGGAGGCAAAUCUUUCUGCAUGACCAAAGUGAUAAAUUCCUGUUGACCUUCCCACACAAUCCCUGUACUCUGACCCAUAGCACUCUUGUUUGCUUUGAAAAUAUUUGUCCAAUUGAGUAGCUGCAUGCUGUUCACCCAGGUGUUGUAACACAAUUUCAUUGAUUGAAUUUUUAAGCUACUUAUUCAUAGUUGUAUAUCCCCCCUAAACUACCUUUUUGUUCCCCAUUCCUUAAUUGUAUUGUUUUCCCACAUGUAAUUAUCAUGUAGUUUAUAUCUUCCUAAUAAGGUGUGGUCUGUUCGUCUGAACAAAGUGCCAGGCUUUCUGGAGUGAUAAUCUGGUGACAAAUAUUCUCUCUGUAGCUGUAAGCAAGUCACUUAAUCUUUCUACCUCUUUUUUCUGUCUGCCAAAUUGAGAUAAUAAUACUUAACCAGUUAGAAGAGGUAGUGUGAAUAUUAAUUAGUUUAUAUUACUCUCAUUCUUUGAACAUGAACUAUGCCUAUGUAGUGUCUUUAUUUGCUCAGUUGGCUGAGUCACUGAAGAAGUCACUGAACAAAACCUGCACACACACCUUCGUGUGGUUCAGUGCCUUCCCCUCUCUACCAGUCCAUUUCCACUGAACAAAACCUACACACACACCUUCAUGUGGUUCAGUCCCUUCCUCUCUCUACCAGUCUAUUUCCACUGAACAAAACCUACACACACACCUUCAUGUGGUUCAGUCCCUUCCUCUCUCUACCAGUCCAUUUCCAUUCUUUCAGCUGUGUCUGACGUGUUGUUUGUGCUCUGUUCCAUUUUAACAACUGCUCUUACUUUUCCAGUCUGUACAGAAUGCUAUUUCACUUGAGCAAGAUGAUGUAAUGGAAAGGGUGUUGGCACUGGUGUCUGGAGACCUGGAUUUGAGUCUCGGUGCUAUCAAUCACCGUCUGUGUUUGAGCAAGGCAUUUGGCUGCUGUAAGUUUAUUGCUUCAUCUGUAACAGGUGGUUUGUAAUUCCUGAUCUGCCCACCUCACAGUGAUGUUGUGGGGAUCCAGUGAGAUAGAAUACAUGUAAGUGUGGUUUUCUAAUUUAAAAAGUGCUAUACUAAGGGAAAGAAUUGAGGAAUUAACUGCAUAUGUUUUGGUGUUGCUUUUCAAAUGUUUGAAAAGAAAAAAAAUUAAGAAAUGGGUUUCUUGCCUUAACCAGUCUCUCAAGUGAUGAGACAGUGAAGUAAAAUGGAGCGCACUAAACGAAUAAGAUUCUAAGGAAGUCUUAUCUUCUGCAGUGAGUAUGGCCCAAUGCUGUUUGUGGCUCAACAGAUGUAAUGGGAAGAAAUAAAAGCCUAAGUGUUGGUAAAUCCAACAGCAAGGGAGAUUUUUAAAUCAUAAUAACUCAUAAGGUGCUAUCUGUUAAGUGAUGCCUUCAGAGCUCUUGCUGUUAGCUGGCAGCUGACGCUGCUAGGAUAGUUAGUUUGGAAAUGGUACUUCACAAUAAACUACACAAGGAAAGUCAGCCACCGUGUCUUAUGAUGAAUUGGACCUAAUAAAUUUUAGUAUGCCUUCCAAACCUGAGAAUAUAUGCUUUUGGAAAUUAAAAUAUAAAUGGCUUUUGCCACAUACAUAGAUCUUCAUGAUGUGUGAGUGUAAUUCCAUGUGGAUAUCAGUUACCAAACAUUACAAAAAAAAUUUAUGGCCCAAAAUGACCAACAAAAUUGUCACAAUGGAAUUUAUCCAGUUUCGAUAUUUUUAUAUUCUUCUACCACACCUGGAAACAGACCAAUAGAUAUUUUGGGGUUUUAUAAUGGGAAUUUGUAUAAAGCAUUAGUCUUUUUCAAUAAAUUGUUUUUUUAAUUCAGAAAAA